AAAAUGCAAAAGCAACACUUCAGUUGAGUUCAGCUUGCUUUCCGCAACUAUUUUGUGUUGUGUCAAAGUUUUGACGCGUUUAAGGUUAACAAUAUGUCUUGAAUUUAGUAAAUUGUGUUUAAAUUAUAAUGUGAUAAUUGUGUGACAGUGUUUAUUGUUCGGCGUCAUGUACAAGUAUUUGUUUUGGAUAACUUUGCUGACUUGGUGUUCAGCCAACAUACUGAAGCCUUCACAAGAGUUCAUUGACUCUCAUGCUGGGGACACCUUCACAUUGACUUGCUCCAGUGACAGUGAAAUAAAAUGGGAGUAUCCAGCUUUAGAAUAUAGUCCUGGAACGCCAAAAAUCUCGAUCAGUGAGAAAAGACUGGCAGAUACACUGGAGUCACAGCUAACGGUGACCGAUGCUUCCUAUCUGGACACUGGCUUCUAUAGAUGUCAUCAAGCCAACUAUAUCAACGGCCCUCAAUCCCGUGAAACAUAUGUAUUCGUCCAAGAUGACGAGCAUCUAAUGGUUCACGAUAACUCAUCCUACUACAGUGUUACACAGUAUAGAAACUUAACAGUGCCCUGUAGGCCCACCUCUCGCAACGUUUCCAUGUCGUUGAUCAAAGAUGGAAUGGAGAACUUAGUUUUGGAAGUGGGCAGGCCCUACCCUAGCCUGAUGGGUGAUCCGCUCAUGUAUGACGUCACAGACGGCUUCACACUGCCCAGUGUGGCCUAUGACGUGGCCGGUGUCUAUCACUGCCAUGCCAAUGCCAAUCACAGUGGCAGUGAAACGGAGGAAGAGUGGCACUUUAUUGUCACCGUCACAGCGCACUCUGAUAGCGUGAAUAAGCCGGAAAUCAGAGCGACAAAAGCUGCCCACGUGAUAGUGGGUCAGCCUGCUGAGUUGGAGUGCACCCUGCGAGGUGAUCGUGGAGUUCUCUACAACCUAGACUGGGUCCUACCCAAUCCAUGGAGGUUUCAUAACGGUGACAUAACCAUCACUAACUCUUCCACACUAGAUGGUGGCGACAUUUUAGAACACAAGAAGUUGACGAUCAAGAAGGCACUGCUAGAGGACAGUGGUCGCUAUAUCUGCAACGUCAGCGAUAGCUCGGACAACUACAACCAGGAGCACUAUGACCUUAAGGUCCAUGUCGAGGACAAACCUUACUUGAACCUGACGAGUGCUGGCAAAGAUAGGGUUUACGUGGCCCGACCUGGACAGAACACUUUCGAGUGGGUCGUUAGCAUUGUAUCGUAUCCUGAAGUUAAGAAAAUUACUUGGCUAUUCCGUCAAGGAAACAAUCCUCUUAGUGAGAUACGCCCCGACAAUGAAAAAUAUACAACAACAAUUUCACCAAAAAGCAGAAAAUUAAUAAUCAAUCAUCCGAAUGUCAACGAUUCUGGAACUUAUGUGUUGAAUGUCAGCAACAGGGUUACAUUCGAAGUUAUCGAUAUGGAAUUGAACGUGGAAGCUCCACCGGCCGUAGAGAUCUUGAAACUGUACAACGAAACGACGCGGAAAUACGAGGAUGGCAAACCGUAUUUCAUGAAGGGCAAAUCCCAUAAGCUGAGCUGCAGAGUGAUCGCCUAUCCUGAGCCUAACAUCUCCUGGUACUUUCAUUAUUUCACCAAGUAUCCCGAGGUUGAAGACUAUGAACCCUAUCCAAUCGAUGAAGAGGAGUAUGACAAUGUAGUGGACCCAAGUUUUGCAUUGCGUAAGGAAUCCCGUCUACAUAUACAGGCAACCCAGAGUGGCAGAUUGUAUUGUAAAGCUUGCAAUGACCUCGCGUGUCAUAGUGAAAGUAUCAAUUUUUUGGUGACAGACGUGGCCCAUGGUUUCAACUUAUGGGGAAAUAAGAACCUAGUGGUGGGUGAUAAUGCCUCUCUAAGCUGUGCAGCCUCAGUCUAUAAUUUCUCCAACAAUUUCACCUGGGCACAUUUGGAUAAGACUGGCCGAAUUAAGAAAAUCAGCAAAUCUGACAAUAUCGAUAUUGUUAACGAAAGCACGGAUCUCUCGUAUCAUUCAAUUUUGAAACUGAAGAACGUCACCCUAAUGUCGUCUGGUACUUACAAGUGCGAGGUAGAAUCGGCCUUUGAUAACACCAUGCAGCAAUUGGAAAUAACUGUCAAUGUUAAAGCUUCGAAAUUCCCAACUUUUCUGAAUGACACAACACUUCGAAAUGCAACCACAGUGUUCAACUUGGGCGAAAAAAAGAAUUUGCUUUGUAAUGUAACCGGAGCCCCUACUCCACGCAUCUACUGGUUCCAUAAUAGCAGAGAAAUAGUUGAGCCAGAAAAGCCAUCGCGCAAAGACAAGAAUCGGAUUCAGUUGCGUGACAACAACAUGACCCUCCAUAUCCAUAAUUUAGUGGAAGAGGAUCAUGGGACUUAUAUUUGCAGGGCGGUUAAUAGACUGGGAUCUAUUACUACUACACAGGAACUAUCUAUGGCGCAAGCAGGAGACAAAUUUUUGUCAUACUUUGCUCUGACUUUGUUCGGUCUCAUCGUGAUUUUGUUCACGGCAGUCGUCAUAUUUUUAGUUUGCAAAGUCAAACGUGAGAGAAAACUAAGAAAAGAACUGGUGAUAGUUCGGAACGCUCUGGAAGCGUUUGAUGAAGGCGCAGCCGGCUCUAUAAAUCCUGAGCUCAGCAUUUUCGAGCAAGCCGACCUUCUGCCCUACAAUCUCAAAUACGAGUUCCCUAGAGAUAAACUCAAAUUAGGUAAACAGCUGGGUUCGGGCGCAUUCGGCGUAGUUUUGAAAGCGGAAGCGGACGGAAUAAUCGAGAAGGAUGUGGUGACGACGGUGGCAGUGAAGAUGCUCAAGCAGAAUGUGGACAACUCGCACCUGAUCGCACUGACCACUGAACUCAAGGUCAUGAUCCAUCUCGGCCAGCAUCUCAAUGUGGUCAACCUGCUGGGGGCCUGCACUAGGAGCUUGAACGAUCGAGAACUACUAGUGAUAGUAGAGUACUGCAAGUACGGUAAUCUACACAACUAUCUACAGAAACACCGCGACAAGUUUGUCAAUCAGAUCAACCCGUUGACGGGCGCUUUUGAUCCGACAAUCAUCCCGUCUGUGACGUCACUAAAGGGCGGAUACGUUAACAUUCCUAAUGUGCUCUACCAGAAGAGUCAGAGCAGCAACAGCGGAGGGGUAGUGAUUGGCGGUGGAGGGGGAACAACGGCUGUGAUUGGUGGAGCGGGUGAUGACGUCACAGGCACGACGCUAGCGACUCCUAUUGGCGAGGACGGGUACUUGGUUUGUCGUGACGUGGCUGCUGAGAGGAAUUACUCCAGAGACGAGCAGCCGCUCUGUACGCAGGAUUUGCUGUGUUGGAGUUUCCAGAUUGCAAGAGGCAUGGAAUACCUGGCAAAUCGUAAAGUGUUGCAUGGUGACUUGGCAGCCCGCAAUAUUCUACUGGCCGAAAAUAAUAUUGUCAAAAUCUGCGAUUUCGGCCUCUCCAAGAACAUGUAUGCUUAUGAUAACACCAACUAUUACAAGAAAGGCAAGCGUCUGUUGCCAGUGAAAUGGAUGGCAGUGGAGGCGAUACGCGAUCGUAACUUCUCGAUUCAGUCAGAUGUUUGGGCCUACGGCGUCCUGCUAUGGGAAUUGUUCUCACUGGCUUGUGUGCCCUACCCUUUGAUGGACGAUAUUCAGACAUUAUUACUCAAGCUGGAACAAGGUUACCGUAUGGAGCAGCCACAAUUCGCAACUGCGGCCCUGUAUGAAGUGAUGCAAGCCUGUUGGAGAGCUAAACCAGCACAACGCCCCACCUUUACUGAUCUAGCCAACACACUGGGUGCUAUGCUAGAGGAGAGUGUUAUGAAGCACUAUGUGGACCUGAAUGACCCGUACCUGAGUCAGAACGAGGAGUUCCUGAGUCAGCAGGAUUACCUGAGUAUGCUGAGGUCACCUGAGUAUGUCAACUGUGAUGAUUCGGCCUCUGCUAGCCUCGGAUAUGUGCCUAUGCGCAUGCGCGAUAAGGAAUCUGUAGAUGCCAAGGAGGAGACUGAGUUGAGGCCUAUGCUAGGAGGAGCAGGCGCCUUAUCAGGUUCAGCAUCUGACACAGAAUCGUUACCCAAUUCUCCAUCAGCUGAUGACUCAUCCCCUCCAAGGAACUUGGUGAAUGUUUCGAAUGCCAUGGACAUAUUUUCAUUUUCGAACCCCACCUAUCAUAAUAUGGAUAGGCCACCACUAAAUCCCUACACUAACACGCCAUAUGUCAUAGAGAAGGAGGGAAAACCAUAUGGGCAGCAGUGGACGAGUAGCAGUGUUGACGUAUGAGUAACUACCUGAAUCCAUUCUUGGAACAUCACUUACGGUAUCUAGUCCUUAUGGAUAAUCAAACGGAGCAAGCUUCCAAACAAAAUAUUAUAUUAUUUUAAUCUAGCAGCUCAAAUCAACUACGUUUUUGAAGAUUUACAUUUUUUAUUUUAAUUUUUCGAAGAUCAAACAGUAUUCAUCAAAUCACAAAAAUCAGUAAAUAGUAGCUAUAUUAUAUUUUCUAUAGUUAUAUUAUACAUUUUUAUAAACCAUUUUCUCAGCUUGUAUUAUGUAUGUGCAUAGUUUCUAUGUAGUGCUAUACUUUUAUCAUAUUUUUAAAGUACCAUGCAUUUAGAUUAUUUAUAUGUUUGUUUGUUUGUUUAUUUAUUAGAUAUUGAUGUUGAAUGAAUGUUGAUGAAUUGUGUUGAGUAGAAAUCACUUUAUUGCAUUUAUAUUACUUUUUAUUUUAUUGUUGGUUUUCCUGUAGUAUAUUUUUUUCUAUCAAUCUUGAAUCAUUAUCAUAUCAUUAUUUUCCUAAUUUGCUUUGUAGAUCUAUCUAUGUUUUCUAAAUUGUUGAUUUUGUUACCUGUAUAAUUCUUGUGUGAAUGAGUAUUGUAAUAUUAUGUCUAUUGACUGAAUAUUGGUACUGAUUGUGUAGAGUCUAGAAACUAUUUUAUCCAUACCUUACUUAAAUUUUAUGCAUUUCUACUUUAAUUUUAUCUCGAUCACUUCACUCGUUCUUGUAAAUAUUUAUGUUGUCAAAUAUUGAAGAAUCUUUAUUAUUUUAAACUGCUAUUUUUU